CCCGUAGUAGAGUUGACGCCGCAGACAUUAAGUUACGAAUAAACACAUCACAACAAAAUCUACAAAUAAGCGCUAGUAGCUAAAGAAAUGUCUGAAUCCAUUAAAUACCCGCGUGCGGGUCAGGUACUUGGUAGGAUUAUUGACAAUAGUAUCUAUCAAGCCAAUUUUGCUAACACUUUCAUUCCAGACGAGAGAGCCUUUCUAAACCCCCGUUUCCCCGCGUCGACUGCCGACCGUUCUGAGAGUAGUGACUCGGAGGACCCUUCAUUUCCUGACGCGACGUACCCCCACGAGUUGGUUGGUGGUUCCCACAAUGCCUACCCUUUAGGGUUUGCCGCCCAAGGAGGCGCUGGACAAGGCUCCGAGAGGGUGGGAGAGUGGUACGGCAAAGACAGGAGGAAGCUUUGUGUUAACAAGAGAUUUCAAAACAUUGUUAGAGACUUUGAAUCAAAGUAUAACAAAGGCACCUUUGAGGGCUUUGAUGGGUCGUUAGAGCAGCUGAACGAAUUCAGAGAAGUUCUCAGGUCGGCUCUCGAGGCGAUCGGGUUAGAAGACAAGUUGGUCGGAUUAGAGCCUGACGAUUCAAUCUACAAUAUACAUGGAAAGUGCUCCAUCAAUAAUCAAAGGGACAUUUGGUACGCGCCUCGCUUCGUAUUGAACAAUGCUCAGAACGAAAACGAGGGCGUUGAUGUAUUCCCUGGAUUCGAUCACUACCUAAGAUUAUUAGGAGGUGGUUACGGUAUACUUAAGGGUAGUGGUCCCCGCGUUGAUAGAUUCGUGACGAGAAAAGAAUCAAUCGGUAUUGAGUGGUCUUCGCCCCAGAGCGCAUGGAAGCUCCUCAAAGAGGAUGCAGAGCUUAAGACCAAGACUAUACCUGAUCGCUUCGAGGAUUUGCCGAAGAACCCUCUCAUGUACCCUUCCAAGGACAUGACCGACGGCCUCCGCGACAAAUUCAAGACUGUACUUCAAGCCGCCGUGGAUAAAUUUAGGCGCUCUUACGGUCUUAUGAAAAAGACGACCGAAACUCGAAGAAUAAGACAAGUGUUGGCGAACAUCCGAGUUGACGCCGAGAAGGCAGCGGUAGUCUUAAACGAAAUCUUCACUAGAUUUGUCAAUCAUGGGAAGUACGCCUCCAAGAACCAGGAGGAAGCCUAUAACGAAUUUAGAAACUUGUUUUCUGCGGUUUCCGAAUAUAGAGCAUUCGUAAUUGUUCAACUCUCCGCCUAUGAAAUCUUAUUUGCCAGAGGCGAGGAAGGGCUCGCACAAUUGGUAGCUGCGGAAGACGGAUAUUUGCUCUCCCUGAUCCUACAAGAACAAUGUUGGUACGAGCUUGAUAACUACCGCUCGAAGGAAGUGUUGGCUAAGACCGAGCACAUGGAUGUAGUCAUUCGCAGGAUGCGGUUACGGAAAGGACUCGAUAAAUAUUGGGCCAUGCGUAGGCAGAAAAAUGCCGAGCACCUUAAGAAUUGGUCAGAAAAUGCGGGUGCCACGGUAACGGAAGAGGAAGAGAAGCAUAAGGAACAGCAGCGACUAUACAAGGAGGAGGAGAAAAAAGAAAGAGUGAGGCGAAGAGAGAGGACUCACAAGCGGAGGGAAUUACACAAAAGCCAGAACCGGCCGCCUGUCCAGGAGCCAGUCGAGACUCCCGACAGUAAACAGUCGAGCAGUCGAGCAUCCAAGGCAACCUCUACGCAACAAGUAGCAGCUCAGGCCCGUGAUAUCGUAGUUGGGCAUCUGCAGGAAGUGAGGCGGCAUUAUGAGGCGGAAGUAGACGAAGUCGUGAAAAAAAACGACGCGCUCGACGAGAGCGACCCCGGCAACUUUGCUGAUAUUCACGCUAAUAACGAGGCCAUCCAGGCGGGAAACAACCUAAUCCAGGCGCUAGAAUUGAAGAUAGCCGAGGCUCUAAGCUCGAAUGGAAAAUCCUCCGGGGCGGGGACCUUGCAAACGCUGCCAGACCUCCAAAUGGCAUUUUCAAAUACCAAGACCAUCCCAUUGCCUAAAAACCUCCCUACCAAUAUCACAAGCUAUGCACCCGGUAAUCUGCCCGGUAAUCAUCCGAACGUGGGCAUUCCUAGAGUACUCAUAGGUGCUAACGGUAGAGACUUCGGCAUGGAUCCCCUUCAAUCCAAUACCGGAGAUGAUACCGAGGAAACGGAUGCUGACGAGGGUAGUGGUGACCCAACCGACCAAGGCGAGAGCUAUGACGAGGAGCCUUCUGGUGGUGAUAGUACGAAUGUGGACCAGGACCAGGACCAGGGCCAAGGCGAUGACAGUGGCGUUGAGAUAACCAACUUUUUCGGCGGAAUCAGCGUUCCUGAACACUCCCUAAAGAAACCCGAACAACCAAAAGAACAACCAAAAAAUAAGGCAGAACUUGAUCCAUGGGAUGCUUUGGAGGUUCCAGAGGAGUACAAUACCUGGCUACACGAGCAGUUCCCGAGCUCACGGGAUAGGCGUGCGCAAUGGAUCAGGGUCUUUAGCCACACUUGGCCUAAAUUGGAAUCUCGUGAAUUCAACCCGCCAAUAGCAGGCUGGACUUAUGAGACUUUUAGGGAACGUGAAAGACCCACGCACCCCGAUAGGAAGGUCGAAGUCUAUAUGAAUGAGUUUGUAAAAGCUCAGGUAUUGAAAAUCAAAGCCGAAGGGACGGGCUGGACUGUUGCAGCGAUAAAGGAUGGAUGGAAUAUUCUGAAACCUAAGGUCAAGCGACAUUUCCACGAUUACAUGAUAGCGAUCGCGAGAUUCUUCAAUAACCUUAGAGAAUUCGAGGAUGAGCCAGUAAAACCAGCGUAUUUGCAAGAACAAGAGGCUCAUAUGAAAAAGCCCCCACCAAAGAAACGGCCUUAUGACCCGAGAAAGCCCCAGGUGCCAGGUAGCAGGACCGGGCCUUCUCCCAUCCCACCGCCAGGCGCCAAGACUCCUCCGCCCGUCCCGCAAACACGUGCAUGGAAUACGAAAGAGCUGGAACACCUCAAGUUCGAAGAGUUUUAUAACACGUUGCCAGAGGAGCAGAGGAAAUUAAUACCUGUGAACGAGGCUAAGGCAAGUGCACGAAUUAUAAGGGGCACCAUAGGGAAAAUAGGGGCAAAGUAUGCCAAACCGCUAGCGCCGCCCAAAAUUUCACCGAUUCCAAAUACCUAUUUAUCAAAGAUUCAACCGCCAACGCCACCGAAGCGGCCCCGGGAGCAACCAAGCGGCCAAUCGAAGCGACAGAAGGUCGAAGACAAGCCCGGUCACCCCAAGCAGUGGACAUGGAGUCAGUGGGACGAGAACAAGGGCAACUACGAAAGAUUCGUGAACGCGUUGCCGCCUACGGAACGGGAUGACGCCCUUGACAGCUAUCAUGAAUGGCGAGAAGAUGCGCUUGACAGGCUAAUGAAGGAGCACGAUGCGAAGGCGAGCGAAGCUCCAGCGAUAGAGAUUAUCCCGCCUAGCCCAGAGAAAAAGAGCACCGGAGCGGCUCCUGUGGCGUCGAAGGCAGGGAAGAGUGAAAAACCUGUAACCCAAAAGCCAAAGUCUAGCCUGGAAGGAGGUUUAUUUGGACCGGGAUGGUCACCUCCACCACAUGUACAGAAGCUUCUGGACACGAAACAGCAACAGCAACCCAAGGGCGUUGAGCUCUUAUAUUUGAAGAAUGUUCCGUUUGAACCGGUGAAACCCAAAGCGACAAGCUCAAAGCCGAUAGUACAGGGGCAGCCCCUAAGUUCAAUACCCAAAGUACCGAUAGUGCCCACCAAGAAAGCACCCGGGCAGUCGGCACUGAUCCAGGAGUUGACAGCACCUGCGGGCAAGCCCAGGCCUACUUGGGGAAAUGACCCGGCGAAAACCGUCAAGCCACCGCCAAAGGGGAUGGGAGCGUCGGCCGCCACGCGCGGAAGAGGAGGUUUGACAAGACCCAUCAGAGCCGCAAGGUCACCAAGUUUUUCGCACGUCAUCAACACCCACACUUCUGGCGUCACCUCGAAAAAGGGGCCUGCUGACGAACGGGUCAGUAAUGUUAAGGCGCAACCCGGGGCCAAGAAGGCUGAGGACGAUCUAGAAGCUAUCCCCGGCUCUAAUGGAUGGCCAGAUCUACAAUACGUGCUCCAGGCCUACUUCCGCGCCUACAUCGCGCACCAUGUGCUCCGACAACGCGGUAUGUCUAAGCCAGGCGAGGAUCGUCGAUGGGUGAAAGACGAAAAGGAGAUUCCGGGGUAUCCUGUCCCUAUUCACGGUUCCAGGCGCAUCAACGAAUAUGGUGUUGCCAUACUAUGAGUUUAAGGGCCGAUAGGGUAAGAAUUUACCGGUUACAACUUCUUCGUUAUUACCGUUGUGGAGACGGGGAGAACUAUCUGCUUAGGUAGAGAAUAGGGGUUAGGGGAUUAUGUGGCUCACCCGCUUAUAUGAUAUAAGUAGGGAGUGCUCAUUUGGAAAACAGAGAAGAGGGAUGGGUGGAUGCUGUAAAUGUUUUUUUGUUUUAGCAUAUCUGUUUUAGGUCUGAAAUAGGGAAGAAAACGGACACACGACUUACAGAGUAGACUGUUUGGCUGUUUCUUUUGUACCUUAUGUGCCUAGGUAAUGAAUAAAGUGUUUAGCAUUCCUCCGUUCAUGUAAC